UUCUGCACUGGGAUGCACUCUCUCGCCGGCGGUGCCGCAUUUCGCAGGGCUCCGAGCAGAUUUCUGGCCAUCCGCCGUGGUUUUCUUUCCUCGUCCGAUGCGUAUGUUGAGCUCAUCGAGACGUAUGGGCGCGACCGAGAACUGAACUUCGGGAGGUUACUUCACGCUCGAUUAAUCACCAACGGACUAGCCCGUUUGACACAUUUUGCUGCGAAGCUCAUAGCGUUCUACGCCGCCUGCGGCAAGAUCAAGGAUGCCCGGAUACUGUUCGACAAAAUUCCCCAAACAAAUCCCCGCCGGUGGAUUGUCCUGAUAGGCGCCUAUGCUCGAUCUGGGUUUUAUACAGAAGCGCUGAGUGUAUUCUGUGAGCUGCAGAGAGGAGGGUCGAGGCCUAGCGAGUAUAUAAUUCCCAGCGUAUUGAAAGCUUGCGGUCACCUCUCCGAUAACCCUACAGGGAGAAAAUUACAUGGCUUAAUCCUCAAAUACUCGCUUGAAUCCGAUGCUUAUGUCUGCAGCGCGUUGAUAGAUAUGUAUGCAAAAAGUGGGCAGGUUGAGAAGGCUCGGCGAGUGUUCGAAUCAAUGGCAGGGAAGGAUUUGGUGGCAUUGAAUGCGAUGGUUUCAGGCUAUGCCCACCAUGGGCUGGCAGAAGAAGCUCUGAAUCUGGUGGAGGAGAUGCAAGUAUUUGGUGUAAAACCCAAUCUGGUGACUUGGAACACGUUGGUUACUGGUUUUUCCCAGAUGGGUGAGGAAGAGAUGGUUCGUGAGCUUUUCAAAGAGAUGGAAGCCAAUGGGAUCAAACCAGACGUAGUAUCUUGGACAUCUGUGAUAUCUGGGUUUGUGCAGAACUUUAGAAAUGAGGAGGCUUUUUGUACAUUUAGAAGGAUGUUGAAUGCUGGGUUCUGUCCAACUUCUGCUACAAUCAGCAGUCUUUUGCCUGCUUGCACGUCGGUGGGGAACGGGAGGCGUGGGAAGGAGAUCCAUGGACAUGCCCUGGUGAUUGGAGUUGAAAAGGAUGUGUAUGUGAGGACUGCUCUGGUUGAUAUGUAUGCAAAAUGUGGGUAUUUUUAUGAAGCAAGGGUAUUGUUUUGCAGGAUGUCUGAAAGGAGCUCAGCUACUUGGAACUCCAUGAUUUUUGGCUAUGCAAAUCAUGGAUAUUGCAGUGAAGCAAUUGAGCUUUUCCAUCAGAUGAAGGAUGAUGAUGAGAAGAAACUUGAUCAUCUGACUUUUACAGCAGUUCUCACUGCUUGCGGCCAUUCUGGGAUGGUUGAUCUGGGAAAGGGUCUGUUCCAAUUGAUGCAAAAUAAAUAUGGUAUUGUUCCUAGAGUAGAGCAUUAUGCCUGCAUGGUCGAUGUGUUCGGUCGAGCGGGGAAGCUGGGUGAGGCUUAUGAUUUGAUCAAGACGAUGCCGGUCGAGCCAGAUUUAUAUGUGUGGGGAGCUUUAUUAGGAGCAUGUAGGAAGCAUGGAGAAAUAGAACUUGCCGAAGAAGCAGUCAAACAUUUAUCAGAGUUGGAACCAGGGAGUGUUGGGAACAGCUUGCUAUUGUCCGAUCUGUAUGCUAAUGCAGGCAGUUGGGGACAUGUUGUGAAGCUGAAGAGGAUGAUGAAGAAGAGGAAGCUGAAGAAAUUUCCUGGGUGCAGUUGGAUAGAGACAGUUUAGGAAAAUCUUUCUUCGAAACAAAAGAGAAUUUUGUACAAACUCCACGCAUUGAACUUGAAGAAAUGGUCUAACCAAGAGGAAAAAACGACAAAGGGUGGAAACUCCAGCUCCCAAAUUAAUGGAUGUCAAAAUGCUUCAAAAAUGGUCUCUCUCAACAUAAUUUUUGGCAAAAAUAAGCUGGUGUAGGUUGUAGUUCAGGAGAGAUAACCCAGUAAACAAAAUCUAAGAGACUCAAAAUUUUC